AUGUCAGCCGCUCACGUCGAGGUCAUCUCGACAGACCUCCGCCGAGCCAAGGUCAAGGUCAACCCGGGAACAUACCUGGUUGAUGUCCUCAAUGAAGCUUGCAAGAAGCUGAAUGUCAACCCUGACAAGUAUGAUGUCAAGCACAAACAAAAGAUUGUCGAUCUCACAUCUCCCUUCCGCACAUCAGGGCUGGUUUCCGGUGCGAAGCUGGAGCUUGUUCAAAAGUCAAAGAGUGCAUCCGUUGUGUCGAUAGCUCUCGAUGUCGAUGGGAAACGUUUCACAAAGAAGCUGCCCAACGACUUCACAUUAUGGCAAACGUUGCGCCAGUUUGAGAGCUCAGAGAGUGGGCUCAACCUUACGGGCAGAGCCACUCCAAAAAAAGACACCCAGAACGGCGGUCAGCUUUAUCACGAGGCCCCCAUUGUCAACAUCAUGGGGAGAGAGUACUCUGCUUUGGAAGAUCUCAACAAGACCUUGUCACAAUGUGGCAUCAACUCUGGCAGCAUGGUCCUUCGCCUGAGUUUCAAACUCACGGAAAAGACCUUGUUCGAGGCCAUGUCCGAUAUCGGCCAGUUCUUGAAGGAUGUCGAGCCAGAUCAGCCAAAGGAAGAGGAGUCAAAACCAGCGCCGGUCCAACAGGAGCCCAAGGUGGAGAGCAGUACUACUGAUGUUGUAGAGGAACCAAAGGUGGAAGGCAACAUAGAAUCAAGCAUUUCACCAACCGAGACAACCACCCCAGCAGUCACAGAGCAAGAAGAGACGAAGCCUUCUGCGGAUCUCAUGGAUGUCGAUGAAACCCAGCCUCAGCCUACAUCACCACCCUCCGAACCUGUUGACCGCUUCCUCCCCACCUCCGUCUUCGUCGCCCCCACCUCCACCACCCCAGCAGCAGUCAACAUCCAAGAAGACGACUCAGCUUACGAACCAACCAUUGCCCAUGCCCAGCUCCGCCAGCAACAGCUCCUCCAAAAGGCCCAAAACACCCGCCUCAAAUCCGACGCCGAGCUCGCCGCAAUCAAGGCAGAAGAAGCUGCCAAACUUGCCAAGGUUACCAGAGUUGAAAUCAAAGUCCGAUUCCCUGACCAAACCUCCGCCACGUGGGUGGCUACCCCUGAGGAGACCGGAGGCUGGUUAUAUCAAGCCAUCCGGGCGACGAUGGCGCACCCAGAUCAGCCUUUCAAGCUUAUCAUCCCCGGCCCGAGGACACACGUGGAAGAUGGGAACAAGAAGUUGAUUGCGGGGUAUAAGCUCAAGGGGCCACAGAUGUUUAAUCUUGUUUGGGAGGAUGGUGCCUCUGGGGAGGCGAGGAAGGGCGGGUUUUUGAAGGAGAGCGUAGCUUCUAGGGCGAGGGACAUUGUGAUUCCUGAGGUGCCAGAGGGUGGGGUUGUCGGGGGUGGUAGUGAGGCUGGGCCGUCGGGGUCUUCGUCGGCUCAGGGGGCGGGGUCAGAGAAGCCGAAGAGGGAGAUUGACCCUGAGGCGCUCAAGAAGAAGAUGGGGAAGUUUUUCAAGUUUGGGAAGAAGUGA